AGGCUAUCGGCACCACAAACACAUCCGUGUUUACUCGUCUCCCUCCUCUUCACCAUUCAUGACGGUGUCCUCCCCGCCGGCGUUCGAGCUGCCGCAGCGCGGGCUCUUCGACGUUGUCGCCGCGAGCGACACCGCGACCUUGUUGACGCUGGUGCGCGGCGACAACCCUUUCGACGUGAGCCCCGGCAUGGAGUUGAUUCGACAGAAGAAACGCAGUGCGCUGCAGCCCUAUGCGGAGAACGCAUUGGUGAUGGCCAGCGCGGAUGUGAAGAUCGACGUGGCGCAAAUCCCUCGCACACGCGACUGCAGGGGAAAUGGCGCGGCGCACGUCGCGGCCGCUUACGGCCUGUCUUCGAUGCUGGGGGUUUUAGUGAAGGAAUGCGGGUGUUCAGUGGACGAAUGCAACGAGAUGGGCUUUACCCCUCUGCACGCCGCUGCCCUCCACGGACACGUCGAUUGCGUACGCCUGCUGUGCGACCUGGGUGCCUCACUUCUUUGCCCCACCCGCAUCGUCGCGUUGGCCGGCGCAGGCGAGGAGGCGUUCUUUGGCGGCCGCACCGCCCUCUUCCUGGCGCACUACGCGCAGCAGACGGCCGUGCUGGCGUUUCUCACGCCCUUCUACGCGGAGUUCAUUAAGUCUUUCAGUGACGGAAAGUCCGCGGCGGAGGUGUGGGGAAACGCCGCCACCCUGCAGAACACGCAGAUGCUCUCGUUGCUGCUCGACGCGGUGGAGUGCGUUGACGGGCUGACGGGGCUUCCUCUUCUGGCGGUAGAGUUUGACGUGGAGGCUGGUCUGCGCGAGGCCUUGCCUGCCGUGCUGGCCGCCUCCCUCCCGGAGGACCAACGCAUCACCCCGGAGCAGCAUUUCGUCUUGAGGCGACUGGUCCGCCUCGGCUACAUCAAUGCCGCCACACCGUUCUCGGCGUCCGCGUCGGUGCUCGACCGCAUUCUUUCCACGGCACAGGUGGGGGCGUGGCGCGUGCUGGUCGAGGAGGGCGUCGUGGUACCGCAGACCUGCGAGGUCGAGGCGGUGCGCAGCUGCGGCUACAACGGUAAUGGCGAGGAGGAACUGCGCCUGCUGAUCUCAGAGGCCCGAGCGCACGCGCGAUACCGCAAGGCGAAGCGAAAUUACGAGAGGAAGGGCGACAACAAUGCGCGGAGGAAGGCGCUGCUGAGCACUCGCGAGGCGUGGAAAGCGCUUCAGUCGCAGAUGCGCGCAGACGGCGUCUCUCCAGCCGAGGUUCGACAACAGUUGUGA